GGCAGAGCUGCCUUUAUAGUUCUGGAGAUGUGAGAGAAAGAGGGAGGGAGGGAAAGACCGACCGCAGCUAAACAAGGAGCACAGCAGCAGCAGCAGCAGCAGCAGAGCAGGAGCAGCUGGUAUUCCGGUGAUUAAAUAGUUCUCAUAGCCUUUUUCUGUACUCGGUCCGCUCCCUGGUGUAAUUCUCGUGUCCAAGAAGGAAGCUGCAUUUUAACGGUGUGCUGAACAGAGGUUUGAAUCAUUCCAGCUGGCUGCUUGUUUUGAAAAGGACAAUGUGGGUAUAAAUAAAAAGAGACUCUGCUGGAAGAGUUGAGAUACUAGGACUGGAGCUAAAGAGUGAGCUCGGAAUAUUAAGGCAGAUUGCACGAACGGAAAGCUCCUUCUAAUUAACCUGGAGUCAAGUGAAUCUGAAUACCGGAUAUCUCAUUUUCUAACUUGGGAUAAAUUCAAGUUAGGAAAAGAAAAAAAAAAUUGAAAUGCUUCUCUAGAUAAUGUUUAAAGGACCCUACAGCAAUCUUUGGUGUUGGCCAUAUUCAAAAGCUCUUCAAUUUUUACCCUCCUGGUCCACUGCCCUCCAGCUUUAACUUGCUUGCAAUCCCUUCAAGCAUUUUACAUGUUUUGCAAUGGUUACAUGAACUUUUGGAAAGUGGCAUUUGCACCAUCUCAUACUUUAUUCACAAUGGCACUUUAGGAAGAGAUCUUGGAAAAAGCUUCCAAAGCAGUAUUUUAAAAAAUGAAUCUUAUUGGGAAGCUUCGGAGAAGUUUUCGAACCCUGAUUGUUCUUUUAGCUACCUUUUGCCUGUUGAGCAUUGUCAUUUCUGCCUAUUUCCUCUACUCUGGCUAUAAACAGGAAAUGACACUUAUUGAAACCACUGCGGAAGCAGAAUGUACUGACAUUAAAAUCCUACCGUAUCGAUCAAUGGAGCUGAAGACAGUUAAACCUAUUGAUACAUCCAAAACGGAUCCUACUGUCCUCCUGUUUGUGGAGAGCCAAUAUUCUCAACUUGGUCAAGAUAUUAUAGCUAUCUUGGAGUCCAGCCGAUUUCAGUACCACAUGGUCAUUGCCCCCGGCAAGGGAGACAUACCUCCUCUUACAGACAAUGGCAGAGGGAAAUAUAUUUUAGUUAUUUAUGAAAAUAUUCUGAAGUAUGUUAGCAUGGACUCAUGGAAUCGAGAGCUUUUAGAAAAAUACUGUGUGGAAUACAGUGUUAGUAUAAUUGGUUUUCAUAAAGCCAAUGAGAACAGCUUACCUAGUACACAAUUAAAAGGUUUUCCAUUAAACCUUUUCAAUAAUCUGGCUCUAAAGGACUGUUUUGUCAACCCUCAGUCUCCUUUGCUGCAUAUUACCAAAGCCCCCAAAGUUGAGAAAGGCCCUCUUCCUGGGGAGGACUGGACAAUUUUUCAUUAUAAUCAUUCAACCUACCAGCCUGUGCUUUUAACUGAGUUACAGACGGAAAAACCCCUUCCAUCCUUGUCUGGCAAACCGCUCUAUGCGACGGUGAUUCAGGAUCUGGGGCUUCAUGAUGGAAUUCAGCGAGUACUUUUUGGCAACAACUUGAACUUUUGGCUGCAUAAGCUCAUCUUCAUAGAUGCCAUCUCCUUCUUGUCAGGGAAGAGGCUGACAUUGUCUUUGGACAGAUACAUCCUCGUGGACAUUGAUGACAUCUUUGUUGGGAAGGAAGGAACAAGGAUGAAUGUCAAAGAUGUAAAGGCAUUACUAGAGACUCAAAAUUUACUGCGCACUCAGGUUGCAAAUUUUACCUUCAACCUUGGAUUUUCAGGGAAGUUUUACCACACAGGGACCGAAGAGGAAGAUGAAGGAGAUGACCUUUUGCUUCGGUCUGUGGAUGAGUUCUGGUGGUUUCCUCACAUGUGGAGCCACAUGCAGCCCCACCUCUUCCACAAUGAGUCGUCUUUAGUUGAGCAGAUGAUUCUCAACAAGGAAUUUGCACUGGAACAUGGAAUACCUAUCAACAUGGGCUACGCUGUGGCGCCACAUCACUCAGGGGUCUACCCAGUUCAUAUUCAGCUGUAUGCAGCUUGGAAGAAGGUCUGGGGAAUUCAGGUCACCAGCACUGAAGAGUAUCCACACCUGAAACCUGCAAGAUACCGGAAGGGCUUCAUUCACAAUAGCAUCAUGGUCCUCCCUCGACAGACCUGUGGCUUGUUCACACACACUAUUUUCUACAAAGAGUAUCCAGGAGGUCCCCAAGAACUGGAUAAAAGUAUCAGAGGAGGUGAACUUUUCCUCACAAUCCUUCUAAACCCAAUCAGCAUUUUCAUGACCCAUUUGUCGAACUAUGGGAAUGACCGCCUUGGAUUGUACACCUUUGUGAACUUGGCCAACUUCGUGCAGGGCUGGACCAACCUGAAAUUGCAAACUCUGUCUCCACUGCAGCUAGCCCACAAGUACUUUGAACUCUUCCCUGAGCAGAAGGACCCUCUCUGGCAGAAUCCCUGUGAUGAUAAAAGGCACAAAGACAUCUGGUCCAGAGAGAAAACUUGUGACCACUUACCAAAAUUCCUUGUAAUCGGGCCACAAAAAACAGGAACGACUGCACUUUAUUUAUUUCUCCUUAUGCACCCUUCCAUCAUCAGCAAUCUCCCCAGCCCCAAAACAUUUGAAGAAGUUCAAUUCUUUAAUGGCAACAACUACCACAAGGGAAUUGACUGGUAUAUGGACUUUUUCCCUACUCCAUCCAACAUUACAAGCGACUUUCUAUUUGAAAAGAGUGCUAAUUACUUCCAUUCAGAAGAAGCUCCCAAGCGAGCUGCAUCCCUGGUCCCCAAAGCCAAGAUCAUCACCAUUCUCAUUGACCCCUCAGACAGGGCAUACUCUUGGUACCAGCACCAACGAUCACAUGAAGAUCCAGCUGCCCUGAGGUUUAAUUUCUAUGAAGUUAUUACGACAGGCCAUUGGGCCCCAUCUGAACUGAAAACUUUGCAGAGGAGAUGCCUAGUACCUGGAUGGUAUGCAGUCCACAUAGAAAGAUGGCUAACUUACUUUGCUACUUCUCAGCUGCUAAUUAUUGAUGGACAGCAGCUGAGAUCUGACCCAGCUACUGUGAUGGAUGAAGUCCAGAAGUUCCUGGGAGUUACACCUCAUUACAAUUACUCUGAAGCACUAACUUUUGAUCCCCAAAAGGGCUUUUGGUGUCAAUUACUGGAAGGAGGAAAGACCAAAUGCCUUGGAAAAAGCAAAGGCCGAAAGUAUCCACCCAUGGAUCCAGAGUCUAGAACUUUCCUCUCUAAUUACUACCGAGAUCAUAAUGUGGAACUGUCCAAACUGCUACAUAGGCUGGGGCAGCCUCUACCGUCAUGGCUGAGACAGGAGCUGCAGAAAGUGAGAUAGCACUGGGGACGAGAACAAAGUCUCACAAGUUACUGACUCUUCCUAUGAAACAGGAAAAAACAAAAACUUUUAUCCCCUUAAUGCACUUGUGAUUGUCAACAAAGGACCGUGUGACUAAAUCUCCUAUCUUUUUCAUAAAAUGAAAAAUGUUAUAUAUGCACGCAUUGGCAAGUACUAGCAUCAAUCCCUGUGUGAGCUUUUGGGAAAUAAUGUGGGGUUUUGUGGCAUUAUCCAGUUUCCAGUGUGGGGAUUAUAAUACAGCCCAGUUCCUCUGUUAACCAUAAGGUUUUGGAAACUCUGCGUAUGACUAAGAACCCUGAUUAUAUACAAGUGACAAAUUAGAAUUCUGAGGAAAAGAUAAGAACUGAGAUUCUGUAAAUGAGGUAGAAGUAAUCCAAUAUCUGAAGUAAGGGCUCACAUUUUCUCUUUGCUAAUUUAAAAACAAUUUUGCUUUUAUUAUGAAAAAAUUAUAUAAUCCCACACUCUUAUUUUGAGCAGCAAUUAUUUAUUCUAUUUAGCCCACACAUAUUUUCUUCUGUUACCCCUCUUUAUGAAUUCCCUUGACUUGCUAGGGAAGUUGUGAAGUUGUCACCGCCCACAUUUUUGGUCUAUGUUCCUGCUGUAGGAGGAGACUAUCUGGAAGUUUCCAUACUCAUUGAUAAUACUCUUUUUUUCUGGCAGGGCACGCCAUUCUCAGUGGAUUUUGAAUUACGGUUCCAAUAAAAUCUAUCAGACAUUUUUGGGGAGAAUGAGUGAGAAAGUGCAUACUUUGCAUAAUAUAUUAACUACUAGGUGUAAGGCCAUCUUUAUAGGUCAAAAAUCUUACCAUACUAUUAAUCUAGGUCUUGCCACCCUGAUAAUGAUGUAGUAUGUAUGUAUUUUUUCACUACCCACAGAAGAAGAAACCUUUAUUGAUAAGAUACGGAAUGAAGAAAUCAAUAUGUGUUUACAGGUAGAGUGAGGCACUUGUGCCUUUUAUGUAGUAUAUGUCAGUCGUUUAAAGCAUGAACUUUUACAUAUGCCAGUACAUAUACUAGUGCAGAAGACUAUGUUUUUAAUGUCUAUUUAAAAGAAGAAAUAUAAUCUAAAACUUACCUCUUUAAACACCACUGAUUCUCUAAACUAAACCCUAUUUCUCAGCCAUGGCAUCCAAAAAUUAAUUUCUAGAGAAGUGAUGCUCUUUCUGUCUUAGAGUUACAGGUUCCUCUCUUAUGUGGAGAUUCUUGUCGUGCCGGUUGGAUUUUUGUCUCAUUUGUCAAUGAAGAUGUGUUAGAGCUUUGUUAAUCUUCUCAGUGAUACAUGAAGGUAAAAUUUCUGCAGAUCAGUAAAUCAAACUGUCUUUGGUAGCUUUAUCUCUCAAUCUGUCCUUCCUCCAGAGUAAUUUUUCUAUAGGCUGUAAAUAAUGUUACUUUCUCCUAGAAUCUGAGAAGUUAUGCUUGACAUAAUUCAAUGUUGUCAAAGGAAAUUGAAGAUCAUUGUUUUCUUGUUUAUUUAUUGUUUGUUGUUUUAAGAAAGCAAUUCAAGCCUAAUUUAAAAGAGAAUCAAGAAUUUUUACAUACUUUUGUCAGAAUUCAACAUUGGAUUUAUGCUUUAUUAAAAUUUUGUUUGUUUUCCUGUUGUUUUUCCACUGCAUAUAAAGGCUCUUAAUCUUUUUCAGAAAAUGUAAAAUUUUUCUUGGGUAUGAGUUGAUACAAAUCACAAACUGUUACUUUUGCUGUUUCUUUGUUAAGUGAGAGGCUGAAUUUCUCAACCUUACCUAGGUGAGCAUGUGCUUGAUAGCAUUCCAUUAAGCACACUGAAAUCACAACAGUUGUGUAUUUAGAACUCUAAUUUUUGAUUUAUUUGUUCACUAGUUUCCUUUACAUUCUAUUUUUCUCUCUUUCAUGAACUAGAGGUUAACUUUUUUCCCAAGUUGGGUAACAGAGAUAUUCAUAGAAAAGAGGGGAGAUAUUUUUUAUAUUAAGUAAAAUUGAUGUAAUUUAAAGUCCAACUCAUCACCA